CCAUUCUCAGAAUUAUUUAUUGAAAAUACGCUGUGAAACUUUCGUAAAAUGUCAGAAAAAACAAUUAUGUCUCUGAAUGAUCAGGCAAUUAAAACAGAGACAUCAGAAUAUUCAAUAGAAGAGAUCGAAGUUGAUAAUGGGGAUGAUAUUGAUGUUCCUGGUGAUAUCAUUAAGUUGGAACCAUAUUCAGAUAAUGAAGGAAUGUGUUUGAAAGGGUUUAUGAAUUCUGAAGUAAAGAUUGAAGAAGAAGUCAAACAGGAAUUAAUUGAGGCACCCACUUAUGAAUGUGAUGGUGAAAAGCCUUCUGUAGGCGAUAAAGAAUUCAAUACAGGAUAUCUAUUAUAUCAGGAUGUUGAUAUUGAAAAACAGGAACCUUUAAAUUUGAAUGCAUCCGAUGAUCGAAAACAAAAUAAGCCUACACAUUCUGAAAAAAGUCUUUAUAAAUGUGGAAUGUGCGAUAAGACAUUUGCACAACUGAGUGUUCUGAAAAAACACAUAAUUGUUCAUACAGGAGAGCGCCCUUAUAAAUGUGAAAUAUGUGACAAAGCAUUUGCACGACGGGGUGAUAUGAAAAAUCACCUGCGUAUUCAUUCCGGAGAAUGUCCUUACAAAUGUGAUAAAUGUGACAAAGCCUUCAGUCAAUCAUGUAAUUUAAAAGGACACAUGCGAACUCAUACUGGAGAACGCCCCUAUAAAUGCCAGAUAUGUUCUAAGACAUUUGCACAUUUGAAAAUUAUGAAAUCGCAUGUGCGUACUCAUACUGGAGAACGCCCUUACAAAUGUGAAAUAUGUAAGAAAGGCUUUAGUGAUUCGAAUAAUCUAAAGCGGCAUAUGCGUACUCAUGAAGAAAAAUCCAUGACAAUUAAAAUGGAACCACUAGAAUAUUUAGAAGAAGACAUUAAAUGUGAAAUUGAGGUUGAAUUUGAUAAUGGUGAUGAUAUUGUUAAGUCUGAAUCGUGUACUGAGGGUGAUGAAACGUGUUUAGAAACAGUCCUGAAAACCGAGAUAAUAAUUGAAGAAGAAAUCAAACAGGAGGUAAUUGAAACGCCCUUUUAUGAAUGUGACAUAUGUAAUAGAUCAUUUUCAGAAUCGCAUUAUUUAAAAGAGCACAUGGUCGAACACAUGAGUAGUCACAUCAAAAAAGACUCCCAUAAAUGCGAUCUAUGUUCUGAAACAUUUGAACACUCGUCAAUUUUAUCAAAACACAUGCUUACCCAUGCAAGAGAGCAUCAUCGUUAUACAUGUCAAGUAUGUAGUAAAACCUUCAAAGGUUCAGGUGCCUUAAAAAGACAUAUGAGCAUCCACACAGGGGAACGCCCUUUCAAAUGUGAUAGAUGUGAUAGAGACUUCAGACAACUGGGUACUUUAAAAAAGCAUAUGAUAAUUCAUACUGGAUUACGCCCCUUUGAAUGCAAAUUAUGCAAUCGGACAUUUACCCAGCAAAGCAGCAUGAAAAGGCAUAUGGUCACUCAUUCCGAAGAGCGCCCUUUUAAAUGUGAAAUAUGCAAUCAGACAUUCAACCUAUCAUAUACUUUGAAACAACACAUGCAUAUCCAUACAGGUGAACGCCCUUUUAAAUGUGAAAUAUGUAGUAAAACAUUUGCGAAAUUGAUGGUUUUGAAAAAUCAUAUGCGUAUACACAGUGGAGAACGCCCCCAUGAAUGCAAAAUAUGCAAUAAGACAUUCACACAAUUACAACAUCUGCAAAGGCACAUGCUGAUUCAUUCGGGAGAUCGCCCUUAUAAAUGUGAUGUAUGCAAUAAGAGAUUUAAUCGAUCUGAUAAAUUGGGGAAGCACAUGAAAAUUCACAGUCGGAAGCAGAAUGAAAAUCAUUGA